AUGUCCGACUCUGAUAGCAAGAAAGCCGAUGAUGAUGGGGAACAGGUUAACUCUUCGUUUUCCUUGAUCCAAGCUCACUGUCCAGGUCAAUAUACUGAUCCGAAUGGAUUGGCUUUACAUUUGAUCAAUCAAAUCACGCUUUAG